AUGAAAAUCAACAGAAUACCAUUUUUGGUAUGGGCCAUUUUCGCGGGCAUCUCGUCGGGUUUGGUUCUGGUUGACUCGUCGCUGGCUUCGGGAUGUAUUUAUUAUGAAGCAAGCUUCGAUUGGGGCUGCGGCUCGCAUAGCAAUGGCAAACGUGCCUACAAAUGUCGGUGCGCCAAUGUCAACUGGCUUGGCACUGUCACAAAUUGUAUCGCUAACAAUACCGACAGUAAAAGGCUAAGAGACCACGCAUUUAGACAUGUCAUUGGCAGGUGUCAGUCAAAAUACAAGUUCAAUUACACAAUGGAAGACAUGUACGGAUUUUGGCAAAACGGUACCCAGUAUCUCAGAGACCCAACAAUGGCAGACAUGUCAACGCCUGUAAACACCACUUUGCGGGUGGACCAGGCUGAAUUUGACUGGUAUUACCAAAAAUUCAAGGACUACACAUUUAGUGUCACCAGAAGUCAGUGGUUCGGCUGGGGCCAGAUUUUCUACUGGGCUGCCAUCAUCAUCGUCGCCACAAUCUACAAUCUAAAUGAGAAAUUCAUCGGCGUCAAGCUCACGAAUAAGUGGCUCACGCGAAAGCUGGUCGUGCCAUCGAUUUUCAAAAACACUGUCCAAAAGUACCCUAUUUUGCAGUCGAUCUUUUCAGGACCUUGUGCAACCCGCAUGCAGGCCUUGAUAGUGUUCGUUUUCAUCAUCCAGGUAAUCAUCACAACCGGUGUCGGGUACGAGUUGAAGUUGCCACAUCCAUAUCUGUCGAACCAGUGGUUUAUGAACCUUACUUUGCUGAGCUACAGAACCGAUUUGAUGUGCAUUUCUCUAUUCCCAGUCAUGUACUUCUUCGGCAUUCGCAACAACCCAUUCAUCCCGUUAACCGGAAUGUCAUAUGCAACCUUCUCCUAUUUCCACAAGUGGGUCGCAUACGUCGCCACCUCUCAGGCUUUCAUUCAUACCAUUAUAUGGACAGCAUAUUACGUUCACUAUAAUAGUUACAAACAGUCUGUCAAGGCGGAAUACUUGCAGUACGGAAUCGCCGCCAUGAUUUUGAUGGCAUUGCUAGUCUUCCACAGCCAAAAGUUCAUCAGAGACUUUGCUUAUGAGGUUUUCCUCUUUUUCCACCAAUUUAUGAGUAUCUUCUUCAUCGUUUGCAUGUACUACCACUGCAACACUUUGGGGUGGCUUGGGUGGAUCUGGGCAAUGGCUGGUAUUCUCUGCUUUGACAGGUUUCUAAGGAUUGGCCGUAUAGUUUUGAGCGGUGGCUUGCAAAAGUCCGUUUUGACAGAUUGUGGAAACGGUAUCAUUAAAAUGACACUCAAGAAGCCAAAAUAUCUAACCUACACCCCUGGCACAUUUGCAUUUAUUUAUUUCCUAAGCUGGGAUAAUCCUUGGUACUACCAGUGGCAGUCUCAUCCUUUCACCUUGUUGAGCACCUCGAACCACGGCGACAACAUGGUCAUUAUUUUCAAGGCUCACAAAGGUGUCACUCAACAGUUGCUUUACAGAUUACUAAAAUCGGGCACGGAUUCUAUUCAAAUGAGAGUGAUGGUCGAGGGUCCAUAUGGUGACGUGCUGCCUCAAAAGGUCAAAGUGGAAAGAAAGCUAGUGGGCGUGGCUGCGGGCUUGGGUGUCACUGCCGUUUACGCUCAAUUGGCACACCUUUUGGAUGCACAAGUGGCUGAAAUAGGCUCCAAAAUGUACUGGGUCGUCAAUGACCUGGCUCACGUCUCAUGGUUCAAUGACGAAAUUAAUUGGCUUUUGUCCAAAAACUGCGACGUCACGAUUUUGUGUACAACUCGAAAAGACGUGGAUGAAUCCAAACCUUCCUCGCUUUGUUGCUCAGCUACUGGUGUACUAGAGAAGGUCAGAGUAGAAUCCCUGUAUGGCAGACCAGACUUGGCAGCCUUGAUAGAGGACGAAAUUCGUGAGGCCACAGAGCAGUCCAGAGAUCUCACUUUCAUUAGUUGUGGACCAACUGCUUUCAAUUUGGAUUUCAGAGCAUCGGUAUCAACAUCACUGAACCAACAGCAUAGCAUCGAUGUAGCGCUCCAAGAGGAGAGUUUCGAGUGGUAA